AUGAGCACCGCGAUCCAAGCGAUCCACAUUCCCGCGUGGGAGGAACGUAGCGAACCCAAGACGCACGUCGUCUUCCGCAUCGAGAUCCAGGCCUCGGUGCGCUCCUGGCAGAUGUGGAGGCGUUACUCCGAGUUCGCCGACCUCCACCUCGAGCUCACGAAGAGUCCCAGCGGGGCCCCGCCAGCGCCCCUCCCACCCAAGCAUGCACUCGCGCUCUUCAGGUCGAGCACCAAUCCCGCGCUGCUCGAAGAGCGCCGAGCCGCGCUCGAGACGUACCUCCGCGCGAUCCUCUCGGCACGCGACCCAUCCUGGCGCGAGUCCUUCGCCUUCCGCGACUUCCUCGGUGUCCCCGUUGGAAAGCCGUCUGCGCACGACAUGGGUGGUGGCGCACAGUUCACUUCAGCAGCGUGGCUGGACGAGCACCAGGACUUGCAGGCGCGCGUGCGAGAUGUCCGCGCGGACAUCAACCGCCGCGACGCGCUUUCCGAUACCGGGGACGUGUCCGGCUCGCACACCGCCAAUGUGCAGGCGAAGAAGAAGCUCGCAGGAUUGCUCUCGCGCGUCGGUGUACUCGACGAGGGCCUGCAGACGCUCGCGCUCGCGGGGCUCAGCGAGGGCGAGCUCCGACGGCGCACGGACAUGGUCGCGCGGUUGCGGGACGACUGCGAGAAGCUCGCGAAGAUCGUGACGGUGUCGCGGAUGACGGCGAGGGGGAUCGGGUCCGCGGCAGAGCGUAAUCCAGCGGCGGCGUCAGACCGCGAUGCGCUCAUGGGCUCGGGGAGUGGGGCGCAGGGCAGCGGAUUCGUCAGGCCAGUCGCGCGCGUGUUUGGGCAGGCGGCGCAACCACGAGAAACGGAGCAGACGCGGCCGCUUGACGACCAUGGGCUCUUUACGAUGCAGAAGACACAGAUGGAGCAGCAGGACGUGCAGCUAUCACAGCUCUCCACCAUCCUGCAGCGGCAGAAGCAGAUCGGCCUCGCGAUACACCAGGAGGUUGCGGAGCAGAACAACGAGCUGGAUCAUUUGACAGACGAGGUGGACAGAGUCGGGGGCAAGCUGACUGGUGCGAAGAGACAACUCAAUAGACUGGGUGGUUAG